AUGGCUUCCGAGGCCCCCAAGGAUCUGCCAGUACGCCCUGCUGGCGAGGCUCAGGACAAGCCUCAAUCCGCUGCCCCCGCGUUAAACGACGCCAAAAAAGACAAGAAGCAGCCUGCCGCCCUUCCUCCUCUGCCCGAUUUCAUCAUUGAGCGCAACAAUCUUUUCGAAGAGCUCUGGCAGCAAAAUCUCGAAGAGACCAAGAACCGCCCACACCCCGAAAUUAAUGUUACCCUGGAUAUUGGCAAUGGCGAGCCAUACUCCGUCCCCGCCAAGGCCUUCGAGACUACACCUGCCUCUUUCCUGCGUGACGUGCCUAAGGAGAUUAGUGCCGAGGUCGUGAUUGCUCAGGUGGACAAGGAGUUUUGGGAUUUGAAUCGACCCCUUGAGAGCGACUGCAAGGUCGUCUUAGUGCCAUUCUCCAACCCCGAAGCCCGGUCUAUCUUUUGGCAUAGCUCGGCGCACUGUCUAGGAACGGCGUGUGAACUCCGGUACUCUGAUGGCACUAACACCGCCAAGCUUUCCCAUGGACCUCCGACUCCUCAAGGAUUCUUCUACGACUUGAAACUACCUUCUGCGGAUGGCGUAGUCACAGAAGCCGACUGGAAGUCACUGGAAACCCUGGCCGCCAAAUGCUUUAAAGAAAAGCAGACCUUUGAUCGUUUAGUGGUGUCGAAGGAAAAUCUCAAGAAGAUGUUCCACUACAGCAAGUACAAGCUGCACUAUAUCGACAAGCUUGUUCCUGGGGAAGGCAGCACUGUGUACCGCAAUGGUACUCUUGUCGAUCUUUGCAGAGGCCCCCAUAUCCAGAACACAAACCGUAUCAAGGCUUUCCGUAUCCUGCAGAACUCUGCAGCAUACUUCCUUGGAGAUCAGUCUCAGGAGAGUUUACAGCGAAUUCGUGGAGUUGCAUUCCCUGAGAAGAAGCAAAUGGUUGAACAUCUCCACUUUUUGGAGGAGGCAGAGAAACGCUCACACAUGCGAAUUGCUACAGCACAGGAGCUUUGCUUCUUUUCAGAGCUCUCCCCGGGAUCUCCUUUUAUGCUACCUGCCGGAACUAAGAUCAUCAACGCCAUCCAAAAACUGCUACGAACCGAGUACCGCAAGCGUGGUUACCAAGAGGUCCAGACUCCUAUUCUAUAUAAUGCCACUCUCUGGGAGAAGAGUGGUCACUGGCAGCAUUACUCUGAGGACAUGUUCAAAUUAGAGGUCGAUAAGCGCGACUGGGCUUUGAAGCCGAUGAACUGCCCUGGACACUUCCUUCUUUUCAAUCACAGGGAACGAAGUUACCGAGAACUCCCAUUCCGAAUUGCAGACUUUAGUAACCUUCACCGUAACGAGGCUUCAGGGGCUCUUCAUGGCCUUACUCGAGUUCGCAAGUUUUCUCAAGACGAUGCCCACAUUGUCUGUGAGAGCAGCCAAAUCAGUUCUGAAGUGGAGGGUUUGUUUGAUUUCUUAACUUCUAUUUAUGGAUUGUUUGGCUUUGAAUUUUCUCUCAAGCUUUCGACCCGCCCUGAGAAGUACAUGGGAUCUUUGGAGACCUGGGAUUAUGCCGAGGAGCAGCUCAAGCAGUCUUUGAAGAAGUUCAAGGGUAACGAUUGGUCCCUUAAUGAGGGCGAUGGUGCUUUUUACGGCCCCAAGAUCGAUAUUACUAUCUGCGAUGCUCUCAAGCGUGAAUUCCAGUGUGCUACAAUCCAACUGGACUACCAAGCUCCUAUCAACUUCCAGAUGGAGUAUAUGACUAAUGAGAGGGGUGACAAGGCCCAGGAGGGUGAGACUGAUGAGCAGCAUAAGUCUUCGGAUCUCGCUCCUGGUCGUGCCCGCCCAGUUGUCAUUCACCGUGCUAUCAUCGGAAGUUUCGAACGUUUCUUCGGAAUUUUGAUUGAACACUUCGGCGGCAAGUGGCCUUUCUGGCUCAGCCCUCGCCAGAUUGCGAUCAUCCCGGUUAUGCCCGACCUGAACGAGUAUGCUCAGGAGCUCAAGACUAUCUUUGAGGGUGAUAAGAUGAAUGUGCACUGCGAUACUUCAGGCAACACUCUCCAGAAGAAGGUCAGAAAUGCUCAACUCGCCCAGUACAACUUUCUCAUCAUUGUCGGAGCCCAAGAGAGAGAUUCUCGCUCUGUGAAUAUCCGCAACAGAGACGACCCCGCGACUCAGAACAAGGGCGUGAUGGUUCCGCUCGAUGAAGCUCGGGCAAAGUUCACCGCUCUGCGCAAGGAGCGUCGUCUGGAAAACUCUCUGUAG